AUGAAGUUGGCCUAUAUCACUUACACAUUCAUAACGUUUGUCGUAAAUUUAAGUGCUGUAUUUUGUGCGGGUGCUUUCAUUUAUACGUUUGUGAAAACCGAUUUGGAACUGUGUUUAUAUGCACUUCUGCAUAUCGUUGCACAUUCUGCCAUCGUUUAUAUUCAAAUCGCAGCCUGUCUUCUGCAAAAUAAAAUUAAAACCGACAUUUUUGAUCAUUUGUCGGCGAUUUAUGCGGCGAACGAAAAAAAGGACCAUUUCCGGUAUUUGGUGGCCGCAAACACAAAAAGUGAAUGGGUGUGGAGCUUUUUCUUCAAAUUCGCCGUUUUCGGCUACUUGGUAAACAAUGUAUCGAUGUGUGCAUUUCCAGCCAUUUUAUGCUGGAAGAGAGGUCAAGGUUUUGACGUCAAAUAUCUUUAUCAUCCAUUUAAAGUUUUAUUACCGUGGAAACAAUCAACCCUAUUUGGUUACCUUGCCGAAGUCUUCUAUGGUACAUUUUUGUGUGAAGUGUUCAUCGUUGCUACUGGUUCUGUGCUUUGUUUAUUCAUGUCAAUGAGUUGGCAUCAUGAGGCAUUUCUAUAUAUAUUCCGUCAUUCAACGCGUAAAUUGGAGCUAAUAAGAGACGAAAAGCAUGCCAAUGACAUUGUAUGCAAUUUGGUUCGUUUUCAUAUUGUGGUCAAAGAAUGGUUUUUGGAAUCGGCCAAUGUGUACAGCUCUUUUAUAUUAAUUCAAUUGAUUUGCAGCAUGAUCUCAAUGACAUGUGUUGUUUUUCAACUUGACUUGCAACUCAAACGAUUUGACUUUAGCGUGGGCUUAUUGGUGUCUUGCGGAUUGGUUGGUGUGGCCAAUUUAUUUUUAUUUUGUUACUUCGGAAAGUUGGCUACACAAAGCUUUGAGGGCAUGUCUGAUGCAUUGUACGAAUCAGAUUGGCCAGAACUUUCUGUUCGUUUGCAGAAAUAUUUUAUCAUUAUGGUUGGAAAUACGCAGAAGAGUAUAUUCUAUAAUGGUUUUGGCGUGGCCGUGUUGAAUUUAGAAACGUUCACCAAUGUAAGUUAA